GGGCCCGCUGCCCGUGGCCGCAGCGGCGCUGCACCCGCCCUGGCCGCCGCCCUCCGCCGCGGGGGCUCCGCCGGGGGACCGUUCCGCCCUGAACAGCCAAAGCGUGCAGAAUGCCCCACAAGAUUGGAUUUGUAGUUGUCAGCUCAUCCGGACACGAAGACGGCUUCAGUGCCCGGGAACUCAUGAUUCAUGCGCCGACCGUCAGUGGGUGGAGGUCACCAAGAUUUUGCCAAUUUCCACAAGAAAUUGUUCUUCAAAUGGUGGAGAGAUGUCGAAUAAGAAAACUACAGUUACUUGCUCACCAGUAUAUGAUUGCAAGUAAAAUCGAGUUCUACAUUAGUGAAAGCUUGCCUGAGUAUUUUGUACCAUAUCAAGGAGAGCGGUUUCGAAGACUUGGGUAUGUCUCUCUCUGUGAUAAUGAAAAGACGGGUUGCAAAGCCCGGGAACUAAAAUCCGUUUAUGUAGACGCAGUCGGGCAAUUUCUUAAACUGAUUUUUCACCAGAACCAUGUCAACAAAUACAACAUAUACAAUCAGGUUGCUUUGGUUGCGAUAAAUAUCAUUGGAGACCCUGCAGAUUUCAGUGAGGAAAGCAAUAUUACCUCUAGAGAGAAGCUGCUUGACCAUUAUCUUGGGCACACCACAGAGGAUCCAGCUCUAGAAGGAACUUAUGCUGGGAAAUCUGACUAUAUUUCUCCACUAGAUGACUUAGCUUUUGAUAUGUACCAAGAUCCAGAAGUUGCACAGAUUAUACGCAAAUUAGAUGAAAGAAAACGUGAAGCCGUCCAAAAGGAGCGCUAUGAUUAUGCCAAGAAACUAAAACAAGCUAUUGCUGAUUUGCAAAAGGUUGGUGAGCGUCUUGGGCGGUAUGAGGUAGAAAAGCGCUGUGCCGUGGAGAAAGAAGACUACGAUCUCGCCAAAGAGAAGAAGCAGCAGAUGGAGCAGUACCGCGCCGAGGUGUACGAGCAGCUGGAGCUGCACAGCCUCCUGGAUGCUGAGCUGAUGCGAAGACCUUUUGACUUACCCCCGCAGCCCCUCGUUCCUUCUGGCAGUCCUCGCCAGAGAAAGCCCGCGCCCUUGCUCCCACAGCCGGAAGAAAGAGGAACAGAAAUCCUGUUUGCAGAACCUUUCCUUCAGGAAAAGCCAUCCUCGUGUUCCAUAACCGUGUCUCCUCAGCAUUCUGCAGCAGACCCGUUACUGCCUGCCACAGAUCCUCAUCGAAAGAUCAAUGUGGAGCCCCUUCCCUAUGACGAGCGGCCCCUUCCAGCUAUUCGCAAGCAACAGGGGGACGCGUUGGCAGAGCCCGAAAUGAGUGACACAGACUUCGGUGAUGCUCACAGAGGGGGCGUUUCAGGGGAGCCGGAGCGCUUAACAGAGAAGGCCUUGCGAGAAGCCAGCACUGCCAUUGAAGUGUUGGGCGAAACCUUGGUCGCCGGGGCUUAUUCCAAGGUAUGGUCCUGUCGGGAGGACGCGCUGCUCGCUCUGCAUGAGAAGCUGAUGGAAAUGCCUGCUGGAACACCAAAGGAAGAUUUAAAGAGUACACUGAGAGCAUCCAUCUUUCUCAUCAGAAGAGCCAUAAAGGACAUUGUGAGCCCAGUCUUUCAGGCUUCUUUGAAGUUGUUGAAAAUGAUCAUUACACAGUUCAUCCCUAAACACAGGCUGAGCAAGCUUGAGACAACUCACUGUGUGGAGAGGACCGUCCCACUUCUGCUCUCCAGGACUGGGGACUCUUCUGCCCGCCUCCGAGUCAUGGCUUUAAAUUUCAUUCAGGAAAUGGCCUUGUUUAAGGAAGUUAAGUGUCUCCAGAUCAUUCCGUCUUACCUGGUGCAGCCACUGAAGGCAAACUCUUCGGUCCAUCUGGCAAUGAGUCAGGUGGACCUCCUGGCCCGGCUGCUCCGAGACCUGGGCACCAGGAACUCCGGCUUCACUGUUGAUAACGUGAUGAAGUUUUCAGUGAGUGCCCUGGAGCAUAGAGUAUAUGAGGUUCGAGAAACAGCGGUUAGAAUUAUUUUGGACAUGUAUAAACAGCACCAGGCUUUUAUUCUAGAAUACCUUCCUCCAGAUGACAUCAACACACGCAAGAACGUUCUCUACAAAACAAUUUUUGAGGGAUUUGCUAAAAUAGAUGGCAGACCUACAGAUGCUGAAAUUAGGGCACAGAAAAAAGCAGCUACAGGAGAAGCAGAAAAACAAAGGAAAGAAGAAAUAAAAGCUUUGCAAGCGCAGUUGGCAGCACUGAAAGAGAUUCAGGCUGAAGUCCAGGAAAAAGAAAGUGACGCUGUGAAGCCAAAGAAUCCGGACACUCAAGGAAGGAGAGCGGCCCCGCCUGAAGGUCUGGAGAUCACAGACAACCACUACUUAGACAAUUUGUGUAUUUUCUGUGGGGAAAGGAGCGACUCCUUCACAGAGGAAGGCCUGGACCUGCACUACUGGAAGCACUGCCUCAUGCUGGCCCGGUGCAGCCACUGCAAACAGGUGGUCGAGAUUUCCAGCCUAACGGAGCACUUGCUGACGGAAUGUGACAAAAAAGACAGGUUUGGAAAGUGCUAUCGUUGCAGCGAGGCUGUUUUAAAGGAGGAGCUGCCCAGACACAUAAAAAUCAAGGAUUGCAACCCAGCCAAAUCAGAGAAGUUGGCAAACCGAUGUCCUUUGUGCCAUGAGAAUUUCACACCUGGAGAAGAGGCGUGGAAAGCUCACCUGAUGGGCCCUGCUGGCUGCACAAUGAACCUGCGCAAGACACACAUUCUGCAGAAGGCCCAGGCGCCGCAGCCAGGGAAAGGCCCAGCAGUGACCAAAUCAAGCACCUCGAUAUUGAAAGUUGGAAGCAAGAUCCCGACCCCCAGGGGAGGCCUGAGUAAAAGCUCUGGCAGGACAUACACAAAGCGAUGACACGACAGCCAUUCCGUCCAUCUCCACGGGACGGACCGAGUCUCCAGACACUGAACCAUUUCUCCUAACAACUUUCUUUGGCCAUGGCAACCCGUACCCUGGCUACGCUGCCCCCACCCCCUCGCCCAGCCACACACAGCCUCGCACGUGUCACGUCCCGUCAGCUCUCGUGCAGAUGACGUGUGUGAAACUGACCAAAGAACCUGUGCCCCAGGGCCAGGACCUCUGCACACUGUGUGUUGAGUUUCAGGUUGACUUUCUCAGGCCUUCGUCAGGAACAGAAGAGCAGCCGUUGUCUGGAGAGAGCCAGACGUCACUGCGGGCUGUGCCACAGCAGCCACCAGGCAGCCGGCACACACACGGCAUCCGCCCUUCUUAACUGCUUGGAGCAAUUUCCAUAAAAAAUUUACCAUAA